CUUUCCCUGUUGCCUGUUACCCUGUUAUCUUUUUGCUUCUUAUAUGCAUAUUAUCUUGCCUUUACCCAGUCUUCUAUUUCCUGGAUCUUUCCAAUUUUCCUGCACCUGGAGAGGCAAUGCUGCUAAUAGUCUGGAUCCCAAUGGUUCGACGGCAGAAAUUGUUGGGGGCUAGGAACAGGGGUGGGCGCAGCUGCAAACACACAACAAAUACACUAGGGUGAUCUCAUGGGUCCUACUUGAGGCACUGAAUGUGCCAUGCUCAUGAAAAAGGACUUGUCGAAACUUCAACUAGAGCCGAUCGAAGAUUAUCGAUGAGUUGGUUGUUUAGGGGGCGUCGUGAAUGCAAUUGGAGGAUGGUGAAUAGUCUAUGUUGGCCAUGUUGUUUGAUCAAAAUGUUUCGGUUCCUUGGUGUCUGCGAGACCAUCCGCUGGGAUCUCUUCUGCUGUGCUACUGUUGCACUAUUGCAUUUGUGUUUUCCUUUCUUGUACUUCAAUCUGAGUUACCCUUGGUGGUGCUGGUCUACUUCUCUUGUCCACUACCAAUCUUCUGCCGGGGACAAAGCAUACCCACACACCUUAUAAUCGGGCAUUGGCGCCUUCCUACCAUGAUCAAAUGCUUUCAAUAA